UGGGCGGGGCCAAUGUCCAGACGCAAUCCAAUUGGUCUUUCCGAGAACGUAAAAUUAUUAAGUGUCAAGAGCGCUGGAGUAAGGCGCGCAUCGGACGAUAUAAAUACUGUACCGGGCAUUCGGGAGAAAAUGAGCAUCGCAGUUGGUCGGUGUAAGAAGCCGAUAUAUGCCACUAAGAAAAAGAAUGCUGCAAGCUCUCAGGGUGUCUGCCCGAAGCAUCUCACACCUGAUGAAGUGGACGGAAAAGUGGACUUACAGCGUCGAUUGCCUGGGCAAGCAUACGGAGAUGCAAAAGAUUAAAAACUUGGAUGAGAUGCCCGGACCGUCUGCCUUUGGAUUCGUGUGGGACCUUAUAGCCAGGAGGGGUCUGUCCCGCCUACACGAGUUACAGCUGGAGGGACGCCAGCGGUAUGGACCAAUGUGGAAGGCCAGUUUCGGGCCGAUCCUGACGGUCCACAUAGCAGAGCCGGCCCUGAUAGAGCAGGUACUCAGGCAAGAGGGCCAGCAUCCCAUUCGCUCUGACCUUUCCUCCUGGAAGGACUACCGACGGCUCCGAGGACACGGCUUUGGGCUGUUGACGGCUGAGGGGGAGGAGUGGCAGUUUGUGCGCAGCCUCCUGGCCAAGCACAUGCUGAGGCCUCACGCGGUGGAGGCCUACGACACUGUCCUGAACAGCGUGGUGAGCGACCUGCUUGCCAAGCUUCGCCUGCGGAGCUCUCAGAACGCCCAGGGCCUCGUCACUGAUAUCGCCAACGAGUUCUACCGCUUCGGCCUGGAGGGAAUUUCCUCUGUGCUGUUUGAGUCCAGGAUUGGCUGCCUGGAGCCACACAUCCCCCCGGAGACGGACCGCUUCAUCCAGUCCAUCAACACCAUGUUUGUCCUCACCCUGCUCACCAUGGCCAUGCCAGCCUGGCUGCACUCCAUCUUCUCCAAGCCAUGGGACACCUUUUGUCAGUGCUGGGACUAUAUGUUUCACUUUGCAAAAGGUCACAUUGAUCAACGGCUGGAGGAGGAAGCAAAAAAGCUGGCCCAUGGAGAGAAGGUGGAAGGAAGGUACCUGACUUAUUUCCUGUCCAAGCAGGAACUGCCCAUGAAGACCAUCUACAGCAACGUGACCGAGUUGCUGCUGGCUGGUGUAGAUACGAUUUCCGGCACCAUGUCCUGGUCCUUGUACGAGCUGUCCCGCCACCCUGAUGUGCAGGACGCCCUGCGAGAUGAAGUCCUGGCUGUGCUGGGGGGCCGGCAAAUCCCUAAUGCAGCUGACGUGAGCAAGAUGCCGCUGAUGAAGGCUGUGGUGAAGGAAGUGCUCAGACUGUAUCCAGUAAUUCCUGGAAAUGCCAGAGUUAUUGCUGAGAGAGAUAUCGAGGUUGGAGGCUACCUCAUCCCGAGAAAUACACUCAUUACCCUAUGCCAGUACGCAACGUCACGUGACCCCCAGACAUUCUCUGAGCCGGACAGCUUCCUUCCCCGGCGCUGGCUGAGCCGGGAGCAGAAUCACCACCCCUAUGCCUCUCUGCCCUUUGGCGUGGGCAAGCGCAGCUGCGUCGGGCGCCGCAUCGCGGAGCUGGAGCUCUACCUGGCAUUGGCACGGAUUCUAAUCCACUUCGAGGUCAAACCUGAUCCACGUGGCUCAACCGUCCAGCCCAUGACCAGGACCUUGCUGGUGCCACAGGGCGAGAUCAACCUGCAGUUCGUAGAGCGCUGACUGGAGGAUGGCCGUGGACAUUGCAAGACUGGCCUACGUCAAGGAGCAGAUGCCUGGAACGAAUAGGCCUGUGAAUGGAGCCCGCCUUGGGCACAGGACUGUCCAGGGUGAUCUUAGGGGCCUUUUUUUGGUGCCUGCUGAAACUGCACCAUCGUUUGCAUUUCUGCCUCCAGUUGGGGCUGGGAGACAGAGCCCAGUGAUGCACAGCUUGGGGGAAACGGCAUCCUAAUCAGGUGAAAUCAGGUUUGCUCCUAAUCUUGGAGCAAGGUGUGUGUGUGUGUGUGGGAGGGGCAUCGUGUAUCAGUUACAGUGUCUCUGACAUACAGAGUCACUGUAGUUUCCACUUUUAAUCAAACAGGCAGAACUUUCUGGCUAAAACUAGCCUCCAUGUUUACAGACAUCAUGAUGAUGCUUCAGGAACCUAGACAGGGUUAAAAACUAUGAAUCUUUAAAAAAACCAAUACAAGAAAGAGGAACUCCCCUCAAAGUGUCCGGGCUCUAGUCCACGAGCAGAUGGAUUGCCAAACAUCGUUGGGAUUUUAGCAGAAAGUGCUAAAGUACUACUACUAUCUGCCAAUACCAACAGUCUAUUUAUAGGCUGAUGUAAUCAGCUGAACCCUUUUAAAAGAAAUUAUUAAAGGUACGGUGCAUAGUUUCUCUAACUGUGUCAAAGAAAUGUUAGUCCAGACCUGUGGAACCCAGAGUGUGCGUUUCCAGUGUCCUGAGUGUUAUGUGGGUAUUGGGGAUCUGUAUGUCUCACGAAGGCAGGGCAUUCGCUAUAAGGAAUUUCAGGUCCUCAGUUCAGCUGAACUGCAGGGAUGUAAGUCUUUUGACGAAAUGAACCUAUAUCCACUGUUAUAAACAAGUUUUGUAACAUGAGAGUGUGUUUUAGAUUUUGUACAGCUUUACUCACAUUGUCUCUCAGGCGAUAUUGACACUGUAAACCUUUGAUUAACUGUACACCUUUGAGGAGCCGUUAACUGCAAUCAUUUACAUCCUUUGUGUAUUUAUGACCCAAAUCCCACUGUGAUGUUUCCAUGAAAUGCAGUCCAGCCAGGAUUACUGUUAAUUCUUUUUUAUCUUGACAUUUCUGGAUAAAAAUGACCGAAAAUGAAUGAAAAUGUAAGUCAUGUGGAAAUAAUUAUGUUAGCAACUGUGCGUAAUUAUUCCAUAACGUGACGUUUUCGCAGUAUUUUAUUUUGCAUUGUAUCAAUGUUAGGACAUUUUAAUAUUUAUGCCAUUUAAUAAAACAUGUGACUGUC